AUAUUCAAUAACCUUACAUUUUUCAUUUUUCAUUAUUCCUCCAUGCAACCCACAUAUGAAACCACUUUCUUAGUUUCUUCACAUUGAAUUUUUUUCCUCAAAAAGUAAAAAGAACAAAAACUCCAACAUCUUUCUUAAACCUCUUCCUAUCAAACAUCCUCCUCAUUCCUUCCCUAUGGCUAAUUCUCAAUAUUCUAAAUCCAUGCAUCUCUCAUGUAAAACAUUUUCUCUAACACUUCUCCUUGUUUACUUGCUUUUUGUUGGUUCUUGCACUUCUACAAGGAUGGGAAUUACAACAAUGAAGCUGAAGAUGAAUGAAAACACAGAACAUCUAAGGCGAAAGCAUAACCCGCGUUUGGUUUUCAACUUCUUCCCGAAAGGAAUGCGAAUACCACCUUCAGGUCCUUCAAUGAGGCAUAAUUCAGAGGUGGAUUCAACACCUAAGAAUUAAGUUGAAUAAGAUGUCAUCUUUUUGCAUGAUUAAUUUAGUUUCUUCAUUUUUUUUCAUCCUUUUCUUCAAUUUUUGGGUUUUCAAUGUUUGGAAUUUGAUACCAAGCUAAGGAGAUUUAGAUCCUUUAAAUCUCCAGAAAGGGUCUGAAUUUUUUUGGCUCUAUGAUUCUAAAUUAUAUUGUACAUAAAAGCAUAUAUUAAUAAUAUAUUUACUGCAUUUUUCUGAAUGAAAGGCUGUUGUCAUCUUAUUAUCUAUGAAUCUAAGAUCAGUUUGUCCAA